GAUACUGCCUACAGGUUAUUCCCUGGACUACAUUCGUUGUCCCCGCGUAAAGCGAGCAGCAGCAGCAAAGGCAGCAGCAGCAGCGGCUGCUGCUGCUGCUGCAGAGGAGGGCGACGGGGCCUUCCGAUUGAUUCGCGGGUGUAGCCAGGCUGCUGGAGCUGCUGCUUCUGCUGCUGCUGCUGACGAGAAGGAAAAGCAGCAGCAGCAGCAGGACCUGGAACUGCAGCAGCAGCUCCACCGCAAGUACAAGAAAGCGGACGAGCAGCAGAUGCGGCGAGAGCUGCUGCAGCUGCAGCAGCAGCAGCAGCAAGUGCAGCAGCAGCUAGCAGCAGCAGCAGCAAACUGCCGAAGGCACCAGGGAACUGCCACAGAGGGACACAGAGUUCAUGAGCACUACCAGCAGCAGCACGCGCAGCUGCAGCAGCAGCAGCGGCAGCUGCAGCAGCAGCAAAAGAUGCUAGAGAGGAUGCUGCCCACCAAGAAAGCUAAUAAACUCUCCAAAAUAUUUUAG